UCAAGGCAAUACCGUAGUGCAAAGAGUUACAGUGCAGUUUUUACUGUGAUCAUGGCAGAGAUCCAAAAAAAGAAAAGAAUUUUUCUAUCCGUGGAACAGAAAAUGAAAAUUGUCGAAGAACUACAAAGAGGAAUUACAGUGAAAGCACUUUCUCGGGAAUAUGGAGUGUCGCACGACGUGAUUCAUCGGAUUCGUCGAGAAUGUAGAUUCCUAUCCAGUUUUGGGAUGCGAGGGGGCCAUGUAUUACAACAUAAAAAUCGAAGAAAAUCUUCGAACGAAGAUUUGGAAAAUAGAUUAUAUACUUGGUUCCUUCAACAACGAGCGAUGGGAAAUCCGAUAACGAAUUUGCUAUUGCUGAAGAAGGCUCGCGAAAUAUCUAACGAGUACGGAGGAACCUCGCAUGCCGGAAGCAGGGGCUGGUUGUGGAAAUUCAAACAUCGCUAUGCAAUCCGCUUACCCCAUGCUCGCGAUGAGAAAGCAAAUACUGAUGAACAUAGUGCACAGAUUUUUAUAAAGACAUUCAAUGAAAGAAUACAGAAAGAAGAUAUUAAUGUAAAUUUAAUAUAUAAUAUGUACGAAACGGGCCUCCUAUGGAAGACUAUUCCUUCCAAAAACUUGGUAACAGAAACGGAAACGGAAAGAAAAUUAAAAAAUGAUAAAGUGUCCAUUGGAUUGUGUGCCAAUGCAAAUGGUACACAUAAAUUGGCCCCAAUUUUUAUACACAAAUUAAAAUAUCCACGAGCAUUACAAAAUUGUGGAAAUUUGCCAGUGACGUACAAAUCGCAACGUCAAGCGUGGAUAACACAAGAAAUUUUUAAUUCCUGGUAUGAAGAGCAGUUCAAGCCCAGUGUAGAAAUGUACAAAACAGAAAGCGGUACAUUAGGGAAAGCUAUUUUGUUAGUGAACAACUGCGCCAUUCACAAGCUUAUUAAUCCACAGUUAGAUACAAAUUUCGAAAUUAUUUAUCUACCUCUCAAUACGUCGGCCCUGCUACAACCUAUGGACCAUCAAGUCGUCAUUGCAAAAUUCAAGACUAAUUAUAGACAUAAAAUGUUACGCCAAAUUUUACAAUAUGAACGAGGAAUAAAUGAUCUUUCUUAUAAAUUUAAUAUUAAACAAUGUAUAGAUUUAGUGGCGGAAUCAUGGACGGACAUUACAUCUGCCAAUUUACGAGCUAGCUGGAAUAAAAUUUUCUCGAUGGAAUCAGGAGAAGUGAAUAUAUCUAAUACUUCCGUACAUUCCGAAAUGACAGACAUUAUUAAUACUCUCACAGGCGAAAACAAUGACAUCGAAGAAUUCAACGCAAUAUUAAGAUAUUUGGACCUACAAGAGGCAAUUAAUUAUGAAGAAGAUGACAGUACGGUGAUAAAAACAGAAAAAGGUGAAACUGAAGAAGAAGAAGAAGAAAAAGAAGAAGAAGAAGAAGAAGUAGAAGACAAAGAAGAAGAGGUACAUAAUGCUACAGAACCACCCCACGAAACUGAAGUCAAUAGAAUAGAAAAGAAAAAGAGGGACUUAAUCAUGCUUGAAAAUAUUAUUAGGAAGUAUGCAAAUAAUAACCGUGCAACAAUAAUGAUGGGGGAAACCCUUAAAAAAAUUUUAGAAAAUGAACUGCCAUAGAUAGAAAAAAGUCAUCCGUGAAAAGACUAAUAUAAGGACAUUUUCUUCACUGGCAUCAAUUUCCUUUCGAAGAACAACCUUAUGUCGAUAGUUCAUCGGCAAAGAAGUGAAACAGCAUCAGCCAUAAAUCGUUUUUUAUUUUAAACACCUGAGGCCCCACACGGGCCUAUGUGUGUGUGUGUCUCUUUAUUAUGAACAUA